AGAAUUUCGUAUUCCGGGAGCUACAUCACAGUAGAUAAUUUCUCUUUGGAAAUGUGUUGAAAUGGAAAGCAGUCACAGAGUGGUGUACGUCAAAUCAAUUUAAAGGACACAAGUGCAUCAUCAACCUAUAUAACCUCACUUUGAAUGAAAGACAAUCAAAAACUAGCCGGAAUUUGUAAUAAAUGUUUUCAUCUUAAAACAUUAGUCUGAUACCAUUAAUCAGCUUCGGUUUACAGAAUGGAUGUAGCAGCAUUUUCUGAUGAUAAUUUUGAAGUAAAGAACUGGAUUAAUAAAACAUUCAAGUCUGCUGAGGCACAGGAGAAUAGAGAUGUAAAUGCUAUUUAUCAGUUUAAGAACUUAGUAUGUAUUCCUGAAAUGGCAUUUGUGUCAUCGCUUGUUAUGAAGUUACAAUUAUAUGUGCAGCAAGUGAACAGUGCAUUGGAAGACACAAGUCAACAGGUACUUCAGAGCCUGCCUCGAGUAAUGAGAGACACUGAAAUACUUCAUCAGGAAGCGUUACUGCUGCGUGACAAAAUGCAUUCAGUAAAGCAGGAAAUUGCUAAGGUUGAGCAAGACACAGCACAAUCCAUGAAAACCCUAGAGCGAAUUGACAGAAUAAAAACAGAAUUACAAGCUGCAAAAGAAGCUUUGCAUGAGGCAGAUAACUGGACUGUGCUUGCUACAGAUCUGGAAGAAGUAUUUGAAUCUGGUGAUAUUCAAAGCAUUUCUGCAAAACUUGUGAGCAUGCAGCAGUCUUUACGGAUUUUAGCUAAUGUUCCAGACUAUGAAGACAGGCAUCUUCAGUUAGAAGGCUUAAAGAAUAGGCUAGAAGCUAUGGCAAGUCCAUUGCUAGUUCAGGCCUUUACUUCUGCAUCCAUUGAACAAUCACGGGUGUUUGUGAAGGUCUUCACAGCAAUAGACCGCCUCCCGCAGCUGCUCAAGUAUUACCACAAGUGUCAGAAAGGUGUAUUAAUGCAACAGUGGCGAAAUCUGGUGGAGAUGGAACAGGAUGAAGGAAUUGCUGAAUGGAUGCAUAAAUUCUAUGACACACUUCUUUCCAACUGGCAUGAUCAGGUUAAAUGGUGCUGUCAGGUGUUUACAUCUGUAUCAGUAGCUAACAUACUUAUUGAACUAUAUGCAGAGACACUGACAAGCCUGGAUCCCAGUUUCAGUGUAUGUAUUGAUGCAGCACUGAAGCAGCAGUCAGAUCAGUUAACUUUCCUAUUGAAACUUCAACAGAUCACCAAGCACUUUGCAAUGAACUUGCAGGUUGCAGUUGAUUCUGCCAGUCAGGGUAAACCAAUUAAUAAGGAAGGACUCUUAUCGCUGGUUCAGGCUGUGUAUUCUCCUUAUGUAGCUUAUAUAUCAAAAUAUGCACAGUAUGCGCAGGCAUAUCUGUCACAGAAAUUGUUAAUCCUGGAAUGUAGUAAAGCUGAUCUAAUGGACACAAUACAGAGUUUGGGUCAGUCCAUACCACGAGCCAUUUCAAUAGCGGUUGAGGCUAAUAAGAUGUGCUUGCUGUUCACGGAGGGGUGUGGCUAUUCUGGCCUCAUCAAGGCUCUAAAAGUAUACAUCAACAACUACUUGGACCAGUAUCGUCACGUUCUUCACCGGCUUGAACAGCAGAAAGGUGACAGAGAAGACUGGAAUAUGUUUCAGAUGUGCCUCACUCUCCUUCAAAAUGUUGGAGAACUAUUGAACCAACUAAAGCAGCUAGACCGAGAUGUGACUCACAGUUUACUAGAUGUGUCACGCAAGUUGAACAGUCAGGAUGGAAGCAAGGAAGUAAAUUCCUUCAUCCAGUUUAAGAAACUGCUCUUGUCUUCUGCAGGACAAAAAGAGUUUGACAUUUUGGUCAGCAGUAUCCAAGAAGGAGAAGAGACUUUGCUGGAGGAGCACAUAACUCAGUCACUGAACAAGUUGUGCAGUGAUGUACAUCAUACAACAUUCCAAGUUAUCUUUGUUCCCAUUUCUGUGCAAUUAGAACAAGUUCAAUCUGCACCUGCUUGGAGCAAUGCUAAUAAACAAGCAGCGACUGUUGCAGCAGAUCUACCUGAUUUCAGCUUUGCACCACAAGAAUAUAUUACACAGAUCGGCCAAUACUUAAUGACACUUCCACAACACCUGGAGCCAUUCCUACUGCAAGAUAAUCCGUCUCUAACACUGGCUCUGCAAGUAGCUGAUGUUGAGUAUGGGUUGCUGUCCGCAGAAGCGGAAGGUGGCUUUGCAGGUGUAUUACUUGGUAUCAUUGCUAGAGGAACAUGCCAGACGUACUGCGACAACAUCCUUGGUAUCUGUGAAUUGGGAUCUAGUUCUUGUAAACAGCUAGCUACAGAUAUUGAUUAUCUAGGCAAUGUCUUGGAAGAUUUGGGGUUAUCACUGUCAGAACACCUGCAGCAAGUGUCAACAUUACUCAGACUGUCACCUCAAGAAUACCAAACAAAGAGCUCUGGGUGUUCUCCACGUCUUGUAGCAGCUGUGAGGCAGAUGCGAAAUAUUACCUCAUCAGGAUGAACUAAUGAUAUCUUACACAUCAUUGAUGUAUCACAAAAAUUCAUCAGACUACCAAUUUUGGUAUGGUAGGACCAUGCUAUUUCUUGGGGUUGUGAGUUAAAUCCUCUCUCCCUGAAAUGUCUGAAUCAUAUGAAGAGAGUAUUGCUCUUUUGCAACCAAAUUUAGUUGUAGGCAAUAUUUUAUAUAAAAGGACCAAUAUUCAUGUAAAUGUGACAGUUGGUUUGUUAAUCUGUAUAGUAGAUUCAGUUUUUGUGAAAUGAUUUUUUAAAAGAGUUGUUCUUAUUGCUGCUUCCAUGAAAAUCAUCCUUGUGAAAAUGAUUUACAGAUCAACUGCACAAACCACCAAACUUCCUCAUUCCAAUACAAAUAAUAAACUGGUCAGAUGCACACAUGUACGCGCAACAUUUAAAUGUGUAUAUACAAUAUAAUCCUUUUUCAGGCGCAUUAAUUUUCCUACCAUUUCAGUGCUUUUGUUAUGACAUUGCAUGUGCACAUGUGGUAAUGCUGUGUGAACUUAAAGAAUGAUACCAACAUUUCAGAGGAACAUGCUGCUUCCAUCUCCAGCCCUGAAGAUGAAGGCAGUAUGUUACUCCAAAAAUAUCAGUAUCUACCUACAAGUCCAUGUGGUAUUAUUACCCAGACGACCAUCAUCAACUACAUCUACCAAGUGAACAGUACAUCAGCAGAAAGAUACAAGCUUUUGAAUAAUCAAUUAUGGAAAAAGGUCAAUUUCUUCCUUCAGUUCCUUCUAAAAUGUCAUAUUCAAGUUCAGUUAUAAAUACAUAUUUUUAUGGAAUUCCUGAACAAUAAAUAACAAAUUUAUGAA